GACGCAAGGAGCUCCUCCAUGUACAAGGAAAGAUGACUCUAUUGCCCAAAAUAAGAGCAAGAAAACCUUACCAGUUAUCACAAAAUGUUGGUUCUGAAACUCUCCAUUUUCCUGCUUUCCUUUGCAGCCCUCACGGAAGCACAGGAGAUCUUUUUCCUUGAUCAUAAAUGCUCAAACACAACCACUUUCGUAAGAAACAGCCCGUAUCAAGCCAAUUUAAAUAUCCUUCUCUCUUCGCUCGCCGCCAAUGCAACCCGUAAUGACAUUAACGGAUUCUAUAACGCCUCUACAGGACAUGAUGUUUAUGAGGUCUAUGGCCUCUUUCUUUGCCGUGGCGAUGUUAGUGUCGAAGUUUGCCAAGAAUGUGUGAACCUUGCAAGAAACGAUGUGGUCCAACGUUGUCCAAUCCAGAAGGAGGCUAUCAUACGGUAUGAACAGUGCUUCCUGCGCUACUCAAACAGUAACAUCUUCUCCAGCUUGAGCCAAACGCCUGCGCUUUACAAGUUCAAUACACCAUAUAUAACUGUUGAUGUAGAAUUUAACAAGCUACUGGUGAAUACUAUAUCUGAUGCUGUUCAUGUAGCUGCAAGUGCGCCCUCAGGUAAAAAAAAGUCGGCAACCAAAAAAGAGAUUUAUACGAGGCUUGAGUCUCUAUACAUUCUUGUGCAGUGCACACCGGAUCUAUCUAAAAAUGAUUGUAAUCAGUGUCUUCUACUAGCUAAACUCAGCAUAUCAAUUUGUUGUAAUAAUAACCGAGGAAGAAUCUUAUUUCCAAGCUGUAAUUUUCGAUAUGAAAAUUAUUCAUUUUACAACCAAGCUGCCGUCGUGAAAGGAAAACUCUCCAUUUUCCUGCUUUCCUUUGCAGCCCUCACGGAAGCACAGGAGAUCUUUUUCCUUGAUCAUAAAUGCUCAAACACAACCACUUUCGUAAGAAACAGCCCGUAUCAAGCCAAUUUAAAUAUCCUUCUCUCUUCGCUCGCCGCCAAUGCAACCCGUAAUGACAUUAACGGAUUCUAUAACGCCUCUACAGGACAUGAUGUUUAUGAUCAGGUCUAUGGCCUCUUUCUUUGCCGUGGCGAUGUUAGUGUCGAAGUUUGCCAAGAAUGUGUGAACCUUGCAAGAAACGAUGUGGUCCAACGUUGUCCAAUCCAGAAGGAGGCUAUCAUAUGGUAUGAUCAGUGCUUCCUGCGCUACUCAAACAGUAACAUCUUCUCCAGCUUGAGCCAAACGCCUGCGCUUUACAAGUUCAAUACACCAUAUAUAACUGUUGAUGUAGAAUUUAACAAGCUACUGGUGAAUACUAUAUCUGAUGCUGUUCAUGUAGCUGCAAGUGCGCCCUCAGGUAAAAAAAAGUCGGCAACCAAAAAAGAGAUUUAUACGAGGCUUGAGUCUCUAUACAUUCUUGUGCAGUGCACACCGGAUCUAUCUAAAAAUGAUUGUAAUCAGUGUCUUCUACUAGCUAAACUCAGCAUAUCAAUUUGUUGUAAUAAUAACCGAGGAAGAAUCUUAUUUCCAAGCUGUAAUUUUCGAUAUGAAAAUUAUUCAUUUUACAACCAAGCUGCCGUCGUGGCAAUGUCACCACCACCACUAUCCAUGCCAGUUGUUCUCCUCCCUCCAUCUCCAGGCCCAAUAGGAGAUGGAACCAAAUCUAUGUGGAUUAAAGUCGGUGCAGGCCUAUCCGCAGUUAUUGCUGUGCUAUUUUUCAGUGCUUGCAUUUACACCAAGAGGAGGAUGACGAAUCUGAGAACAGGUCAUCAUCUGAAAAAAUGCUAUGCAGAGAUUGAGUAG